AUGGCCCCUCGUAUCCCCGUCACCAAGUCCACCGAGACACUCUGUUAUGGCGUUGCCACCGUCGGCGCCUUUCUCCCCAUCUACCUCAUGCUUCCUGGCGCCGAGCACCGCCUCGCCUCUCAGACCACCAAGUGGGCGCCCCGUUGGGAGCGGAAUCUCUCUUACUUCACCCCUACCGCCGAGAGGGGCAUCAAGCGCGUCGAGCCCCCCGUGUCCAACGUGGUCCGUCGCAUCGAUAACCGGCUACCGCUUGAGCGUAUGGCCAAGGGUCUCGACAAGCGUAUUAAGAACGGUAUCGACCGCUUCAAUAACACCAAGUAA